AUGUUUUUGGACGAUGAAGCUAAUAGUGAAGAGCUCCGCCUAGUAAACGGCCCCAAUCGCUGCUCUGGGCAUCUUGAGGUGUUAUACAACCAGCAGUGGGGGACUGUGUGUGACAUUGGCUGGGACGCCCAUGAUGCUCAAGUUGUGUGCCGGGAACUGAAUUGUGGAGAUGCCUCAACAGCAUUUGGGGGAGUUCGCUAUGGCCAAGGGUCUGGUCUGAUUUGGCUGGAGAAUGUGAACUGUACAGGAGAAGAAACUUCUCUGGCUGCAUGUCCCAAAAGCCCCUGGGGAAAGCACAGCUGCAACCACAGCCAGGAUGUGAGUGUAACGUGCUCAGAUGCCCGCUUGGAGAAUGGCACAAAUCCCUGCUCUGGGCAGACAGAGCUGCUGCACAACCAAGAGUGGGGAACCAUGUGUGAUGCCAGCUGGGACACAUAUGAUGAUCAGGUUGUAUGCAGAGAAUUUGGCUGUGGAAAUUCCCUCAAAGAAGUCAGAGGAGCUCAUCAUGGCCAAGGAUUUGAUCCCAUUUGGCUGGAGGGAGUGAACUGUACAGGAAAAGGGGCAUUCCUGAGGGAGUGUCCCCAACGAUCAUUGGGAGGGCACCGCUGCAACCAGAGCCAGGAUGCCAGUGUGGAGUGCACAGGUAGGUUUCUAGCCAAGGAUGCAGGAGAAGAUGGCAUGAGAGGAGACAACGGCAGAGAAAUCCGUUUAAUGAACGGCGCAAGUCCCUGCUCAGGGAGGGUUGAAGUCUUACACAAUGAUGCAUGGGGAACCAUUUGUGAUGCUAGCUGGGAUUUACAAGAUGCCCAAGUCGUGUGCAGCCAGCUGGGUUGUGGAAAUGCCUCCAAAGCAUUGGGUGGAGCACACUAUGGCCAAGGAUCGGGGCCCAUCUGGCUGGAGAACAUCAACUGUACAGGAGAAGAAGCAUCCCUGAAGGAGUGCCAGAAGGGAGGCUGGGGAGAGCACAGUUGCAACCACAGCCAGGAUGCCAGCGUAGAGUGUUCAGGUACGUGUCUUUCACAGGUAGGAACCAGACUGGUGAAUGGCACAAACCAUUGCUCUGGGAGAGUUGAAGUGUUCCUCGAUGGGGAGUGGGGGUCGGUGUGUGAUGAUCGGUGGGGCCUGAGAGAUGCUCAUGUCGUGUGCAGAGAACUUGGCUGUGGAGGAGCUCUCUCAGCCCCAGGAGAAGCCCACUUUGGAAAAGGAAACGGUGCCAUCUGGAUAGAUGAAGCCCAUUGUUUGGGGACAGAAGUUGCCCUUCAGAAGUGCCCAUUUGAAAAAGGACAUGAUUGUAGUCAUAAAGAAGAUGCUGGUGUUGUGUGCUCAGAGGCUUCCCGACUCACUGGGUACUGUGGUCUUUUGACUGGGACUGCUCCUUUCUUCACCUCUACUACCACUGGGGGCACAUAUUUAGCCAGUCCUGGAGGAUUGUCUUCUGCCCACACCAAAGGAGUCCGCUCCCAGGGCCAUUCAGCUUCUGGCCGCGGGGCAGACCUCUCCUGUUGUACUAAGUACAUCCUCCAUUCCUCUUCCAUGCCACUACUGCUUCCCUCUUCUGGUGCGGGGUAUAGCCUCCUCGGCCUCUUCCACAUCCUCUACCUCUUCCUCUGCCUCGUCCUUCGCCUCCUUCUUCUCCAGACACCUUCUCUGUACAUUCCUCAUAUGACGGAGGCGGUGGUAAUGUCCGUUCCUGGUCCACGGGCCCUUGGGCGCCUUGAGCCACUGCUAGCGGGGGUGCAUUGGGAGUUGCAUAUCGCUGCCCCCGAAGAUCUCCGUUUAGUGAACGGCGUAAGUCCCUGCUCAGGGAGGGUUGAAGUCUUACAUAAUGAUGCAUGGGGGACCAUUUGUGAUGCCAGCUGGGAUUUACAAGAUGCUCAAGUGAUCUGUAGGGAGCUGGGUUGUGGAAAUGCCUCCAAAGCAUUGGGUGGAGCACACUAUGGCCAAGGAUCGGGCCCCAUCUGGCUGGAGAACAUCAACUGUACAGGAGAAGAAGCAUCCCUGAAGGAGUGCCGGAACGGAGGCUGGGGAGAGCACAGUUGCAGCCACAGCCAGGAUGCCAGCGUGGAGUGUUCAGGUACACCAAUGAAAGCACCUUUCAUUCUCUCCAACUCAACAGGAACAAGACUGGUGAAUGGCACAAACCAUUGCUCUGGAAGAGUUGAAGUGUUCCUCGAUGGAGAAUGGGGGUCGGUGUGUGAUCAUCGAUGGGACCUGAGUGAUGCUCAAGUCGUGUGCAGAGAACUCGGCUGUGGAGGAGCUCUGUCAGCCCCAGGAAAAGCUCACUUUGGAAAAGGAAACGGUGCCAUCUGGAUAGAUGAAGCCCAGUGUUUGGGGACAGAAGUUGCCCUUCAGAAGUGCCCCUUUAACAUAAAACAUGGUUGUAGUCAUAAAGAAGAUGCUGGUGUUGUGUGCUCAGGUAACUGA